CCAAUUGUUGAGGCCCAAAUGCAUAAGUCUUGUGAAAGAACUUUUUGUGGUUAAGAUUUUGAAAGAGAGAGAGAGUGGAAGAAAAUGAAAGCCAUGGAAGCUUUACAUAUGCGGUGUGUACUUCCAGUAUCCAUGUCCAAAAACUCUCUCUUUACAACCAAAACUACAACCCCAUUAUCUGCAUUACCAAUUUCAAAGCCUCCAUUGAUUUUAACCUUAACACCAUCAUCAUCAUCUUCUCAAGCUGCUACUGUAAGAACAAGAGCAGGUUGGUUUUCAGGCCUUACAGAUAAUAAGAAGAAGAUGAAUUUGCCUGAUACUGUUAAAGCUGGUGACCCAGUUCUUCAUGAACCUGCUCAAGAAAUUGAUCCUAGUGAGAUAAAAUCUGAGAAAGUGCAGAAAAUUAUUGAUGAUAUGAUUAGGGUCAUGAGGAAAGCUCCUGGUGUUGGUUUAGCUGCUCCACAAAUUGGAAUUCCUUCUAGGAUAAUUGUUUUGGAAGAUACCAAAGAAUAUAUUAGUUAUGCCCCAAAGGAAGAGAUCAAAGCUCAAGAUAGACGACCUUUUGAUCUUUUGGUGAUCGUGAAUCCCAAGCUGAAGAAUAAGAGCAACAAGACUGCCCUAUUUUUUGAAGGGUGUUUGAGUGUUGAUGGAUUUAGAGCUGUGGUGGAGCGAUACCUUGACGUUGAAGUUACAGGUUUGGAUCGUAAUGGUGCACCAAUCAAAAUAACUGCUUCUGGUUGGCAAGCUCGGAUUUUACAACAUGAAUGUGAUCACUUGGAUGGAACUCUAUAUGUUGAUAAGAUGGCACCUAGAACUUUCAGAACCGUAGACAACUUGGACCUGCCUCUUGCCCAAGGAUGUCCCAAACUUGGCCCUCGAUAAUGCAGGUUUUGUGACUCUGCUGCUGCCUCAGCAGAUACGGUCAUCAGCACAGGUUUCUUGUGCAUGUUAGUGAGAAAUUUACAUUUGUAAAUCCUAAAUUCUAGAAAUUGUCUCAAUUUUUGAAUGAUUAAAUCUUCCUCAAUUUUCUAGGCUGAAUAUUGUCAUUGCAUUAUAAUGCCCCUUUUAUGCAAACUUGUAUACCAAUUGAGCAAAACUUUGCUCAUUUCAUCCUCUUAAUACGCUGUCUGUCUUAUGCAUGAAAAUGAUAAGAAAGUUUGUUUUAUUUGA